CCCAAUCAUGUCUCACCACGCGUCGCAAAUUCAUUGGGUGUCACCCGAGAAUCCAAUGGCCCAACGGUCAAAACACUUCUAUAAAGAAAGAGACUCUUCCCGACAUCAUUUCUCCCCUCCUCCGAACAGCCGAAAAAAAUGGCGCCAACUCCGUUCUAUUUCCCGGCAAGCUUCCGGCACAUCUCCGCCGUUUUCUUCCUCGGUUCCCUCAUCUCUCUCACCGCCCUCCUACAUUGCUCCGCCGGAGCCCAGAACUACCGUGACGCCCUCCAGAAGAGCAUCCUCUUCUUCGAAGGCCAACGCUCCGGUAGACUUCCGCCCGACCAACGCCUCCGGUGGAGGAGGGACUCCGCAUUGCACGACGGCGCCACCGCCGGAGUGGACCUGACAGGUGGGUACUAUGACGCCGGCGACAACGUGAAAUUCGGGUUCCCGAUGGCGUUCACGACGACAAUGCUGUCGUGGAGCAUAAUAGACUUCGGGCGGAACAUGGGCGGGGAGGCGAGGAACGCCGUGAAGGCGGUGAGGUGGGGGACGGACUACUUGCUGAAGGCGACGGCGACGGACGGAGUAGUGUACGUGCAAGUGGGGGACGGGAACUCCGACCACCAGUGCUGGGAGAGGCCGGAGGACAUGGACACUCUGAGAACGGUGUACAAGAUUGACCGGAGCAACCCGGGAUCGGACGUCGCCGGAGAAACGGCGGCUGCUCUGGCGGCGGCGUCCAUUGUUUUCCGGUCACGUGACCCUGCGUACUCUAGGCUACUCCUCAAUCGAGCCGUUAAAGUUUUUGAGUUUGCCGACAAUCACCGGGGUGCAUAUAGUUCCAGCUUGCUGAAUGCGGUCUGUCCUUUUUACUGUGAUUUUAAUGGCUACCAGGAUGAACUCCUGUGGGCGGCGGCGUGGUUGCACAAGGCGUCGAGGAGAAGGGUUUUCAGGGAAUACAUAGUGAGAAACGAGGUCGUUUUGAGAGCCGGAGAAACCAUCAAUGAAUUUGGAUGGGAUAACAAACAUGCCGGGAUCAAUGUCCUCAUUUCUAAGGAAGUGUUAAUGGGGAAGGAAAAUGACCUAAAGUCCUUCCAGAUAAUGGCUGAUGGUUUCAUCUGCUCCAUACUUCCUGGCAUUUCCCAUCCUCAAGUUCAGUAUUCUCCAGGUGGACUGAUAGUAAAGCCAGGGAGUUGUAACAUGCAACACGUGACAUCAUUGUCUUUCCUGCUAUUGGCUUAUUCCAAUUAUCUAAGCCACGCCAAUCGCAUCGUGCCAUGUGGCCAGACCUCUGCCACCCCUGCUCUCCUUAGACGCUUAGCCAAACGCCAGGUUGACUACAUUCUUGGGGACAAUCCGAUGGGAAUGUCGUACAUGGUCGGAUACGGUGCCCGUUACCCGCAGAGGAUUCAUCACCGAGGGAGUUCGAUACCCUCGGUGAAUGUCCACCCGGCCCAUAUCGGGUGCAGAGAGGGGUCCAAAUACUUUGCGAGCCAGUACCCGAAUCCGAACAAAUUGAUCGGAGCCGUGGUUGGUGGGCCAAACAUCACGGAUAACUUCCCGGACUGGAGGCCUUUGUACCAGGGUUCCGAGCCCACUACAUAUACUAAUGCUCCGCUAGUGGGCCUUCUGGCCUACUUCUCGGCCCAUUCGUGAUUUUUGCUUCGAUGAUUGUGUAAAGAGAAAAUGUGGUGGUGUGUGCAAAAGCCCACCCUCUCUAUUCUUGCUCCAUCAUUAUUAUUUGUCUCUAUUCCCUGCACACUUUUGUUAUUUAAAGUAAUUAUUAAAAUUAUUACACCUGG